GGAGGAAAUGCAAGCAAAGGAGGAGAUUUGUAGGCUGCCCUUUUUUUCCCAGGUCCCCAUUCCAGCCGGCCGUCCCUCUUUUGCACCCAGCUCUCUGCAGCCGCCUGAAAGGGAACAGAGAGAGAAAAAGCAAGAACAAGCCUCUGACAAAGCAAUGAAGGAGGAUAUAUCUGCAGGCACUGAAUUGGAAGAAGAAUUAACCGUGAGAUUAAGAAAAGCCAACGGCAGAGUCCAGUCUGAAUAUAAGACAGAGCAGACAGGAUGGGGAAGAUCCCAGGAAGGCCAAGGGGAACCAUCCAAGGAGAUGCAACAACAUUGGGAAACCCAGUGGCAGGAAUUCCUGAAAACACUGCACCCCAGUUGCAAAAGAUGGGCAACCCCAGUAAUGUUGGAGAUGGCCCCAUGGGAAGAUACCAAGUUCUUCCUGGCCUCCUUUGAGCAAGUGGCCAAAGCCUGCCGGUGGCCUCGAGAAGAGUGGGUGGCCCGGCUCCUUCCAGCACUGAGUGGAGAAGCAGAAGAGGCCUUUCGGACCCUGGAAACCGGAGAUCAGGAGGAUUAUGAGAAAGUGAAGGCUACCAUCUUGAGAGGAGAUGCCCUGAGAAUGGAGCUGCAGCGCCAGCACUUCAGACAGUUCUGCUGCCAGGAGGUUCAGGAUCCCCGAAGGAUUCACAGCCAAGUCCAGGAGCUUUGCCACCGGUGGCUGAAGCCAGAUAGACGCAGCAAGGAGCAGAUCCUGGAGCUGCUGGUCCUGGAGCAAUUCCUGGCCAGCCUCCCACCGGAUUUGCAAAACUGGAUCCGAGCUGUAGGGCCAGACACUUGCUCCCAGGCUGUGGCAUUGAUGGAGGACUUCCUCUUGAGCCAGAAAGAUGCUGAGAGAGGAAAGUGGAAGCAGUUUCAGAGGCCCACGAAGGAAGAGUGUUUGAGUUCCUUGGGUGCAGAAGGAGAGCCUUUGGCUAUGGCAAAAGACGAGAUCUAUGAAGAAGCCCAGCAAAACACUGAAGCAGAGAUCAGUCCCAUGGGCAUUGGGAUCCAAGGGCCAAGUUGCCACUCUUCAUUGCUUCCUUCUGAAGAACAAGAAAUGGACCACACUGCUGUGAAAGAAGAACCGAUGGAUCUGAAGGAACCCAACUUGCCUUUACAGAUCGUCAAACAGAGUCUGUCCCAGCCUGGCCAGCAAACUAUAAUGUGGCAAGUCCUGCAGGAGAAUGGUGGGGGUGUCAGUUAUUUGGGUGAUGGGAAGGGAAGGCAGGUCAAGAUGGAAAAUUCUCAGUGUGGAGAAGAUGAACCUAUGCAAAAUCUCAAGACAACUCCACAGAUGGGCCAAGGGAAGGUAGUGGAGACUGUUGAGAUGUGCAAGGAACAAUGCAAGUCCAAAACCAAACAUAGAAAACAGUCAGUGGAAUUGGAGGAAGAAUGUACUCAGCUUGCCAGAGAUCCUAUAGUUGCAAUUCACCAUCCUCCCGAAGUACCCACAAGGGGAAAAAUGACCAUGUCCUCCCAGUAUGGUCAAACCUAUAACUACAAUGCAGAUAUUGGUAUAAUCCCUAACAGGGAAGAUCAUGAAGAAUAUUCCAUAUCAGAGGAAAACAUCCAUCAAAAUUUGUUCUCUGAUAAUCAUCAGCAAAAGAGUACAGAAAAGUUUAAAUAUGAAUUAUCUGAGGAUAUGAAUGGGGAAGUUUUGAGCAGAGACUGGCAUGAACAAACAGAAGAAAACCUUAGUAUUUAUUCUGAGUGUGGCAACAGUGUUAGUUGUACAAAGUCGCUGAAGAGAAAUCAAGUAAUUCAUAACGAAGGGAAACCAUAUGAAUGUUCCCACUGUAAGAAAUGCUUCAGUGAGAGAGAGGAGUGGAUGAAACAUCAGCAACUUCAUACUGGAAAUAAAAGGCAAGAAUGCUCGGAGGCUGAGAAAGUAUUCACUUUUAGAGAGGCAUCCAUGAAACACCAGGAAAUGCGGACUCUGAUGAAACCGUACAUGUGUUCUCAGUGUGGGAAAUCAUUCAAUCAGAGAAGAAAUUUGGAAAACCAUCAGAGAACUCACACGGGAGUGAAACCGUACAAAUGUUCUCAGUGUGGGAAAUGCUUCAACCAGACAAGAUAUCUGAAGAUUCAUCAGAGGAUUCACACUGGAGAGAAACCGUACAAAUGUUCCGAAUGUGGGAAGAGGUUCAUUCGGGGCCAGUGUCUCAAGAACCAUCAGAGGACGCAUACUGGAGACAAGCCAUACGCAUGUUCCCAGUGUGGCAAGUGCUUCAAUCAGAGAAGAUAUUUGAAGAACCACCUGAGAAUUCACUCUGGAUUGAAACCAUACAAAUGUUCUCAGUGCGGGAAAAGCUUCAGUCAGAGUGGCGCCUUGAUGAGUCACCAGAGAAUUCACAAGGAGAAGAGCCAUGCCCAUGUUGAGAGUGUGAGAAAUGCUUCAAACUGGGAGGAGAUGUGAAGAAACGGGAGGCAAUUUGUAUUGCCCUAAAGAAAUCAGCUCUGUGAGAAGAGUAUAUUUGAAUAUAUUUGAAUAUAUUUUAAUAUCAGAAUAUAUCUGAAUGAUCAUUAGAGAAUUCAAGCAGGAAAGGAAGCAAUCGAACACCCAAAGGACAUCUGCGAGAUUUCUCUCAAGUGGAUCGGUUUGUCAUGAGAGAACCUGCAGAGACUUUAUGAAUGACAUCCGUGUAGGAAGAGUUUUGUUAUCAAGGAUGCAAUAAUUAAGCUUUGUAGAUAUUCCUGAUGAAUAUCUAAUGGCAAAAGUUUGGGAGCCUCCCUUCUAUGUUAAACAGGCUAGAAGAUGCAGAUAGAAAAGCAAGUUUGUAGCUGAGCCUAAGUUACCCCAUUUGAGUUCUCACUACUGGAUGACUCCAGUCUGGGAUUGUUCAGUAUCUCUCUCUAUGAGACUUUUGUAGCAGAAAUGAUCUAUCUAUCAGGGUUCAGCCAAGCCAGCAAAGAGUUAUUGGUCCUCCUAACUGGCUGGAGUUCCCUCUUCAGAGAAUGAAUGGAUUCGCCCACACUUUGCCCCUGCUUCCAAAAUCCACAAAAUCAAAAUAGUAGGGUCAGAUAUAAGGUUGGUGGCCUUCGGAGUCCAUCCCAGCUUUGAUGGGUCCAAAGCAUCAGAGCAAAGAAGGUGGUUAGCUUCCGCUUGGAGAGGGCCAAGAACGUAAUCUGGAGUUCUGUAUCUGGAUUAAACAAGUGCUAUGGUGUAGUGGUUUGAGCGUUGGAGUAUGAGUCUGGAGACUAGGGUUUGAAUGCCGCCUUGGCCAUGGAAACCCACUGGGCGCGACCCACUGGGAGAGUCACACUCAGCCUCAGAGGAUAGCAAUGGCAAACCUCCUCAGAACAGAUCUUGCUAAGAAGACCCCGUGAUAAGGUUGCCAUAAACUGGAAACAGCAUGAAGGCACACAACAACAAUAGUUAAGAAAUGCCACUGGUACUGUCAAAAAACCAACAAUUGGCAAGGACUAUGUGAGCACCUAAGAAGGUGAAUCCCCUUCCCCACGUCUUCCUCCACCAAUUUGGGAGGAUCUGGCAAUUUGAAAUGGGGGAGAACUUUCCAAGAAGGACCUCCCUACAGAGGUUAAAACAGAGUGACUGAAUGUCCACCAUUUCCAGGACAUGGCCUGCAUUUCAACCAUUUCCCAGUAUGGCAUUUGUAAGUGAAGAUGUGCCUAAUAGGAAGAGAGACUGUGUAGGCCGUUGCUUCUUUUCCACGAGAAGGAAUAUUUCUUUUUUUCUGUUUUCUAAUGAAAAAGUUUUGAUGUAAAGGAGCUGGAAUUACUUUGGAUGCUUCAACUGGGGCGGCUUACACAUUAAAAUACACAAUCCUGUAUCCCAAAAACCACCCCCCCUAAAAUACAAUUAAACAGUUUACAGAUUAAAACAUACUUUAAAAUAAUAAACAAAUCAACAACGGCUGUAGCAGAAAUUAAUGAAUAACUGGUUCAGUUUAUUUAGUGGGUGGUUAUCUAUUCAGGAAAGGCCUGCUGGAAGAAAUCCGUCUUAACAGCUUUUUUGAAGCUGUUUAAGGUGGUAAUGUGAUGAAUUUCAUCUGGCAGGCCAUUCCAUAAUCUGAGAGCGAUUGCCGAAAAGGUCCUCUGGGCGGUUGCAGACAGUCUAGUUUUUAUGGGUUGCAACAGAUUCCUCUCAGAGGACCUGAAUGUGCGGACUGGAUUGUAGGACUGAAGGUGACAGUCCCAAAGAUUGUUUGGACCCAAGCCAUUUAGGCCUGUAAAGGUGAUAACCAGCACCUUAUACUUCACCUGGAAACUAAUGGGCAGCCAGUGGAGCAAUCAAUGUAAUGUGGUCUCGCCUAGUUUUAUCUGAGACCAGCCUGGCUGCCAUGUUCU